CUCGAAAUUCUGCCAUGGGCGUGGCGCCGCCUCCGCCGCGACGAAAGCGCGACGGCGUCAAGAAGAAAUCUAAACCCGUCAAGAGGACAAACGUGACGUCAAUCGAUGCGCUGGUAGUGCACAAGACAAAGCUCGAUCCGGCAGACGAGGCCAAGCUGUUUGAGUCGAACAAAUCGGCGCUCAACCGCAGCCACGAGCGGUUCACGCGGGCCAUCUUGUCGGUGAUAUCGCAGUACCAUCAAGCGUACAUUGACUGGUACCCGUACGACCCAAAGAGCUACGAGCGUCAAGGGUACAGCGAAUUCCAUCUCGAGCACUACGCCAAGGCCGUCGAACGACUCAGCCAAGCAGUGUACCUGGGCGCGAACUCGGCGAAAAUGUGGCGAACGCUGGGUCGAGCGUGCUUUUUGUUGUGGAAGCAAACGCACGACUGGGGCUUGCUGUGGGACGCCAAGUCUUGCUUUGAGAACGGCCUUCGGUUUGUCCAAGUGGCAAUGAAUCCAUUCGCGCUGUUUGAGUUUUCGCAUGUGUUGGAAUGUUUGGGGGAAUUCGACGCAGCUCUAGGGGUCGUGCGGACCCUCCUUUAUUCGUUUCCCCAAUUUGCCCAUGCCGACCACGUCGUGCUGCGGGCGACCAUCUUGAUGUUUCACAGCGUUGUGUUUCAAAAGAAGCAGCCAAAAACGACCGACCCCCAAGCUCGCCAAGACAUGCUCGAGCAAUGUUGCGACUACUGCAAGUUUAUCAUUGACAAAGACGUGACCAAGACGGACAUGUACGUGACACUGUUGUACGUCACGGCACGCGUGCACGAAGCGGCGGGCCUCCCUCGGACAGUCAAAUACGCUGCCAAAACAUACGAAGAGCUGUAUCGUGUGGGGUUGCGACUUGGGCUUGUGACUCCCAUCGUCGGGUGUGGGUGGUUGGACUGGUUUCGACAGUGCAGUACGUGGAACGUAUGGGUCCAGUACUUUGACCGCCGAGAUGACGUGGUGUUGGCGGUGGACGCUGCGCAAGAAGGCAUCAAACGCAUCGAUGUAACGACCGAUCGAUCGUGGAAUCGCACGACGUUUUGCUGGGAGCCUGAGACGUCCAUGUGGUAUACGUUGGGGUCGCUCUUUUUCAAGGCCAACGACAUGAUUCCGGCUGUGGCCGCCAUGGAAACGAGUUUGUACUUUGGUCGAUAUCGCAAUGAUGUGCGGGAUAUGCUGCUGCAAUGGUAUCCGUCGCAAUGGAGCACUCCGUUGACAGGGCAAGUGGCCAGUCAAGUGAAACUCGCCGCUUUGUGUCGAGGUGUUUGGGGCCGUGACAGCGCCAGACGACACAAACGAUGGGUGAUUCAAAACGCAGUGGAUCAGUAUAAUGCUGCUCCUUAUGCGUCGCUGCGGGCACGAAAGCUGCUGGUCAAAUACAAAGCAGAACUGUAUGCAGCUCUAUUUGCUGCACAAGACAUGGCCGCUCGACGCAUCCAAAAACGUACCAAAGUGUUUGUGGCGCACAUGCGGAUCUUCUACGCCGACGCGGCAAACCGGCGCCGCCGAUUCGAUGCAAUCACUUCACGGUGGACGUUGGCACCGUACGAUCGUUUGCUUCGUGACGAACUCGAGUCGUUGUCACCGACGUUUCACGCGCUAUUUGAACGCCAGCGGGACGCCGCCGUACGCAUUCAAACACUGGAACGAGGUCACCGGACGCGUGUGCAGUAUCAACGUCUUCUUGCAGCCGACAAGGCCCGUCGUACGGAACAAUUGCGGGUGCACGACGCGGCAUGCAUGAUCCAGCGCCGAUUCCGCACGAUUCGAAGCAACGCGUUGCUGCACACACGCCAUAUUCUACGGCACAAGAAGGAGCGGCUGGCGGUGAAUUUGCAGCGGUUGUAUCGCCGGAAAAAAUCACUGGUCGUUCAGUUCUUGCAGCGUCAGGCCAAACGAAAGCGUGACGACGCGCGCGCCAAGCUCCGCCGUGAAAAGUGCAGAAAGAUACAGACGUGGUGGCGGCGGCGGCGGGCCGCGUGGAUGCAAGACGACCCGAUCAAUGAAGCAUCGUUUUUACUGGAGCGGCUCUUGCGAGGCCACGAUGCUUUGAUGCACGACGAGCAAGACUUGGACUUUUACGCAAGACGCAUCCAAGCGUUGUUCCGAGGUCGGAAGGACCGGUUGUGCCUCCGUGGCCUUCGACGUGUCCGCAUGCCGCCGAUGCCGUCGAUUCUACACCGCAUGAUUCACGACGCACUGAUAACGUCACGGGGGACGGUGGCAUUGGUGUCCGAGCCCACUGAUGUGGGUCAUAUGACCAGUACGCUGAAUGAUAUGGUUCGUCGAAAGCAAACCACGCUCGUGCUGCAAUUCCACACGCCACCUCUGCCUUCGACGUGGUCAGCUCUGUCGGCAGUGUUGAGUCAAGGCGGAGGGGCUUCUGUGGACACGGUGCUCGUCGGCGGUGGCAGUCGUGUCAUGUAUGAAAUGUCGAAACCAUGGGGAAUGACUGUCUGGUCAGGGGGGCUGGGAUGAGUGCCUUGGUCGAAGCGUUGCGGGGAAACCAUCUCAAGCAUCUUCGCGUCCUAGCCAUUGGUCGCAACGACAUUGUCGCAGACAGCCCGGGAUGCAUGCCAUGCAGAGACCUGUCGACGUGUUUGCAAACGGCGCAUUUUCAACUGCGCCAUUUGAUUGUCGAAGACAACGACUUGACCGACGUUGGCGCGAUGCAUAUUGCCCAAGCCGUGGGCGAUUACUUUUUUGGCCGGUGUGUAUCCUCUUGCAUGGACUGCUUUGGAAUCGUGACAACGUACAGGUAUGGGCACUUGGAGCGUCUCGUGCUGGCACGAGUGGGGAUGACCGAUGCCGCGUGCGAAGCGUUUGGCCAAGCGCUGUCGAUCAACACGGUGCUGCACACCCUCGACCUGCACGGCAAUCGUAUCCAUGACGCAGGUGCCGCGGCACUGGCUGCAGGGUUUCGAAACUCGCGGACACUGCACACUCUCGACUUGAGCGACAACGGAGUCGGCACUGUUGGGGCCAAAACGCUUUUUCGCGCCAUGGAGACGAGCACAGUAACAACGUUGAUGCUGCUGAACAACAACGUCAAAAACGAUAUCAUGGGAGCUCUUGCGGCCUUUUUGAAGACGAUGGACUGCGGGUGCGUUGUGGAGCUUCGAGGAAACUUGAUCCACGUCGACAACAUGCACGAAAUCCAAAGCUGGUUCACACCAGAAUGCCCAGACGACAAGAGCAAGUCCCCUGUUCCUAUAAUCACUGCAACCACAACUGCUGCGGCGUCGUUCGAGGACGCGAAACGCAAGUUGUUUCGUCCUCGCAACCCCGAAAAAGUAGCCAAGCCGUCGUCCAAAGAUGCGUUGAAGGAGUUGCGGAGGGAGCGUCGGGCCAUCCCGCUCUCCGGCCACACCAAGUCUGCCAGCCAUCUCCUUAAGUUGCCGGUGCUAUCCAUUCGAUGACGCAUGAUCCCAUCCGUCUUUGAUAGCUCCUCACCGCGAUUUUGAAACUGCGCGCGUAAAAGUACUGUUUGUCGAGUUCCGGAUAAUAAUCCGGAUAAUGCUCUGGAUAACGAAAUUCCGGAUAAA